AUGUUCCUAGCCUAUGGUCGGAUGUUCCCCCACCUCCGAACACCAAUCGUCGAACGCCUCUACCUGACAUGCUUCAUGGCUACCCGUCUCGGAUACGUCUCGCUGCUCUGGCACGAAGUUUACUACAACUACCCCGACAAGUCGGUCUCGUUCCUCUACACUAUCACACUGUCGCUGCAUGUGUACUGGUUCGUGCUGUAUAUUCAAACCCAGAGGCGAUUUGCGGAGAGGCAGCGGCGACAGCAGUUAUGCACGGUGUUGAAGGCGAUGGCCAAUGCACUCAAUGAGGAGUUUGUGGUAUCUGCUGUUGAGAGCGCUGGGAUAUCUUCUGCCGAUGUGUUUGGAGCGGCUGGCAAGUUGAUGGGCAAGGAAGCAUAUGUCCAGGAUGGAGAUCAGGAUCCGUUGUUGGACCAGUCUACGGCGAACAGGAGAAAAGAGGACGAAGACGUGUUGUUGCCCCAGCCGGAUAGCAAUGUUAGCCAUCGUAGUCAUCGUCGGACCGAGCCUCAAGUUUGA